AUGACGGGUCUCUACGCCUUCAAGCCUAGCAGUGGCCGCCUCCCCUACCUCGGCGUCCCAGUCUCAACAGAAGGCCAAGAACACAUUCCCUCCGUCGUAGGACCCAUGGCAAGGAGUCUCAACUCGAUCCACAGCGUCGUCAAAACCAUCAUCGAAACCUCCCCUUGGACCCAAGAGCCACGCGUCCUCCCCAUACCCUGGCGCGAACCAGAAUACCGCGCCGCCCAAUCCCGACCACUAGUCAUCGGCCUCCUAGCAGACGACGGCGUCGUCAAGAUCCAUCCACCCCUCGAACGCGUCCUACUUGAAGCAGCCGGGAAACUUUCAGCCGCGGGCCACGAGAUCGUGCAAUGGGAUGCUAGCGAUCAUCAGGAUUGCAUCAAGAUAAUGGACCAGUACUACACGGCGGAUGGAUGUGAGGAUAUCCUUCGCGAGGUGGCGAAGGGAGGCGAGCCGUUGGUCCCGCAUGUUCAGGCGCUUGUGGAGCGAGCUCCGGCGAUUUCGGUUUAUGAGUACUGGCAGCUGAACCGACAGAAGCAGGCGGCGCAGAGAGCUUACUUGGACAAAUGGAGGGCAUUCAAGUCGCCGAAGUCUGGACGACCAGUGGAUGUCUUGUUGACUCCGACGAUGCCGCAUUCCGCCGUGCCGCAUAGAAGUUGUAAGUGGGUUGGAUACACUAAAAUUUGGAACUUCCUGGAUUACACUGCCUGUGUCCUACCCUUUGGCAAGGUGGACAAGAGUGUUGAUGUGAGCAAGACCGCUCCUGCCGUUCGCGAGUAUGUGGGCAGGAAUGAGCUCGAUCGGUGGAAUUGGGCGUUAUAUGAUGCCGAGAAGAUGGACGGCCUACCAUUGAGUGUGCAGAUUGUGGGCCAGAAGCUGGAAGAGGAGAAAGUGCUUGGCGUUGCGAAUGUGGUUGAAGACAUUCUUCGAAGGUAG